AUGACUGAAGCAUGGAAGGCAUUGGAGCAGUGCCUACCCCCUAGGGACAGCAACAGCGACACAUGGUGGCAGCUCACAGGCCGUCAUCUAGCUACGAUUUUGGAUGCGGCAGGGUAUCCGGUCGAGAAGCAAUAUGAGGCAUUACUGUUCCACUAUCAUUGGACGGUACCGUACAUGGGUCGCGCCCCCGGGCAGCCACAGCGUUCCCCGUCUGAAGUGGCUUGGAAAUCGCUCUUGGCCCUGGACGGCACGCCAAUAGAAUACUCUUGGAAAUGGAACACUGCCGAGGAUGGCUCUUUACCCAAUGUACGCUACGUGGUAGAGCCUAUUGGACGCGAUGCAGGCACCGAGCUAGAUCCGUUGAACCAGCAGGCGUCGCGUGAGCUGCUCUUCAAGCUCAAAAGGAUUCUGCCGGGCAUGGACAAUACUUGGGCAUGCCACUUUUUUGCGACGCUGUUCGACCACGACCACGCCGUGUUCAUGACCGAGGCUGCGCGUGGGGGUCAUUUGGGUACUAGCGUGCAGCUUGCGGUUGAAUUCCACGACAAAGCAACGGCUAUCAAGUCGUACUUCUUCCCUCGCAAGUAUGGCCAGGCUGGCCUGAUGCCGCUUGAGCAGUGGAGAAUGUGCGUAGACGAGCUGAAAGCGGGGCACAAAUCCGACUCCGGGGCUCCAGCAGCUGCCUUCUCGACACCGGCGCGCACUGCCGUCGACCAGUUCCUCAGUACCAGCCCGUACGGCCAGAAGCUCACGCCCAUUUCGCUGGCCGUCGACAAUGUCACACCGGAAGCUUCACGUCUCAAGUGGUACUUCCACACGACGCAGACGAGUUUUGCGUCAGUGCGUCAUAUCAUGACACUCGACGGCGCCAUUGCUUCGCCCAAGGUCGAUCAGCUUCUCGAUCAGCUUGCCUCACUUGUGAAUGUCGUCAAUGGGCUCGAAGACAAGUUUCCCGAAGACGCGGAGGUGCCUGCCGGGUCAGAGCUGGAGACCAGUCUCGACUUUGGAGAGCUGACGCAGGCGCUCAAGGGCUACCUGUACUAUUUCGACAUUGCACCUGGCAAGGCAGUGCCCGAAAUUAAGCUCUUCGUGCCUACCCGGUACUAUGGACGCAACGACCUGGUGCUUGGGCGUGCACUCACCCGGUGGAUGGAGGCGAAUGGACGGGGGUCGCACUGCCAGAGGUACCUCGAGAUGCUGGAGAGGCUAGCUGGACAUCGGCGGCUGGACGAGGGUAAGGGUCUGCAGACAUAUGUGAGUUGCCUGUUCAAGAAGGGCGAACUGGACAUCACAACAUACCUUGGUGCGGAGGCCUUUCAUCCGGGGCGCCUUGGGUCCACAGGAGGGGGCCUGUUAACCAAGGCGUCCACGCUGCGCCGUGGUGACUCGUACUAG